AUGCGGCGGGUGUUGGACCGUCAGACGGGCGGCGUGGAGACAGGUCAAUUCACCCUGCUGGCGCUGCUGACGCCCGUGCUCGGAGGCAAAGUGACCCCAGUGCAGCAGGUGCUGAACAUGCUCUCCGAGAUGAAGACCAAGGGCGAGAAGAUGAUGGACGAGGAGCAGAAGAUAUACGCGGAGUAUUCCGAGUGGGCCGACGACAAGACGAAGGAGCUCGGCUACUCGAUCAAGACGGAGGAGGCCCUCAUCGAGAAGCUCACGGCCUUCAUCGAGGACUCGGAGGGGAAGUCCGCAGCCCUCAAGUUGCCGCGGGACGUAUCAGCAUUUUGGAGCGAUGGCACCUCGCACCAGGCUGGCGUCGGGGUGCUGAUCCGGCACUCUUUCCUCUUGAAUUUCAAUCCUUGUUCCGAGGAGGAUUGGGUGGAAAUCGUCCCUGGGAGAGUCGCUGUACUUCGCCUGCGGAGCCCCCACGGCGCUCUCGAUAUCGUGUCCGUCUAUCUUUCCACUGGCCCAUCGCAGGGUGCGCCGCAAGAGCGACCGGAGUGUUUCCGACGUAUGUCUCAACAUCUUCGGCCUGCAGACAAGGUGCUGACUGUUGUGGCCUGCGACUUCAAUUUCGUGACGGACGCUCGAGACAGGGUGACCAAGAGCACGGGGGAGUGGUCAGGGGCUGGGGACGCUCGAAACGCAGCAGACUUCAAGCAGCUGCUCGGCGACAUCUUCGAGUUCCACGAGUUGGAGCAGCCUUCCUUUCCUCACGAGUGCGCGCUCGCACGGUCGCGGCUAGACCGCCCGUUGCCGACGUCGCCGGUGGACGGCCCUGCUUGGGCCCGGCGCGUGAAGCUCGAGUGCCAGGAUCGCCAUCGGACGGAGGACUUCCCCGGCAGCGCUUUCCGGAGACCCAUCUUGCCUCAGCUGGCGAUUCGGACGGUGACCCUGAAUACCCACCAGCACUCGCAGGGUCCGGCAGGCGAGGAGCACAUGUUGACCAAGCUGAAGCGGUUGCUUCCUGACGCCUCCACGUCGCUGAACGCGCUGGUGGACGUGAAUGGGCGCAUCGCCGACGACCCCGGAGAAAUGGGAACAGUAUGCCUGGGGCAGAUGAUAUCCCUGACAAUUUGGAAGGUCUUCGGAAGCUUCGGCAACUGGGGAGUCGAGGUACUUCACGGCGCGAUGGUGGAUCUGAUGCGGGACCGCGAAUUUAACCGUCGCGCGCUCUGCUGCCUACCGGAGAAGCCCACGGGCGUGGACACCGACAGAGGCGAGUAUUUCGAGGCCUCGGCGGCUCGCCCUUUGGCGAUAGUCAGCACAGACAACAUGCUCUGGCAUGUCGUGGGCGUGGACUACGAGGCCACGACCGCGAGUUUGACGGCGGAGCACGGCGGCAUGGUGCUCUUUGGUUUUAAGGCGGCAUUUCCAAGCGAGAGCAAGGAGUACGUCCUUGGAGUGCUGUCGUUCUUGGGUGUGCUCCGUCAGUGCAUGAACCUGGAGGCGCCGCUGGACAGCGUCCUAGCGCUGGAGGCGCAAGCCUUGCGCCUAGCGGCCGAGGGCCCCCGGCACUGGAUCAUGCCGCGUGACUGCUGGUAUUUGAAGGGGUUGCAUGGAGAAGCUAGAUCCUUCACUUCGCUCCGCAUUAUGGCGCUCGCGGCCCAGGCGAGAGCAGCAGCUUGCGGUCUCGUGCGCAGGCGCUUCGGUUACUAA